CCCUCCUUUUCAUUCUGACUGCCCCCCUUCCAGAUGGCAGGAUCGGUCGUUAUCACUGCGGAUGCGCAGGGCAUCAUUCUGAGCGUCAACCAGCAGUGCGUCGACAUGUUCGGCUACAGCGGAGAGGAGCUCAUUGGGCGCAACCUGACCUGUCUGAUGCCAGCGCCCUAUUGCUAUCUCCACGACGGCUUCCUCAAGCGCUUCAAGGAGACUGGCGAGUCGCACAUCAUCGGAUCCUCCCGCGUCGUCGAAGGCAAACACAAGAACGGCCUAGUAUUUAAUAUACGAUUAUCAGUAUCGCACAUAGUAUUAGAUGACGAAACGCUAUACGUCGGGCUCAUGGAAAAGGUCGAGGAGCAAGUGGCAAGAGUCACGAUUGACACGAGAGGGUUGAUAAUAUCGGUCAAUCAGCUCUGCACGCAGCUGUUCGGGUACCAUUCCGAGGAGCUUGUCGGCCACCCGGUCUCCAUUCUCAUGCCGGAGCCCUAUGCUUCACACCACGACCACUUUCUUCGAAACUAUCAAAACACUGGCCAUCAGAAGGUGAUGAACAAGAUUCGCAACCUCGAAGGUCGCCGCAAAAACGGCCAAGUGUUCCCGAUGACGCUCAAAGUCACCGAGCAAAGCUUCAACGGGGUUGUUCAGUAUGUCGCCGAGAUGCUGGACAUGGAAACGGACGACAAGAACGCCGUUUUGACCUGCGACCCACUCGGCACCAUUCGUUCCGUCAGUAACAACCUGCUCACCUUUUUUGGCUUCAAGGCUGCUUCUGAAAUUAUUGGUCAAGACAUUACCCUGCUCUUCCCAUCGUUCGACAUUGCCCAACGCGAUCGCGAUCUUGCGCGCUUGCAGCUCAUGGCUCGCCAUUCCGACGGCUCGACGUUCGAUGCUCUCGUCGAGUUGAACGAGUUUUCCGUGGCCAGCGAGCUGCUCUGGUCGGUUCGUGUGACCAGGGCCCGCUCGGCUCCGUCAUCGCGUGCGUCGUCCACGUCGUCUUCGGCCGCCAGCAGCGCGCACAGCCAUCCGGAUCAUCCGCACGUGCCUCCGACCGCGGGAGGCGGCUCCGGCAGCCACAGCCACGCCUCCCUCACGACUGUCGACUCCAUCAUGCAGGGCGUCGGCCAGUACAUUGGCAAUUAUCGCGUCGGCAAAAUGCUUGGCUCUGGGUCAUUCGGUGCCGUGUUGCUCGCCACCCAUCGCUUGACGGGCAAGCUGGUGGCCAUCAAAAUCGUCAUGACCAACGCUCGCGGAAGCAAUAUCGAGCGUGAAAUCCAAAUUCUUCGGCGCACUCGCCAUCGCAACAUUGUUCGCCUCUACGAGGUGAUUCAGACCCCACAGCGCACGUUCAUGGUCACAGAGUAUGCAAGCGGCGGUGAGCUCUUUGAUUAUGUCAGCAACACUGUUGGCCACGGGUUGGACGAGAGUGAAGCACGCAUGUACUUCCGAGAUCUCGUGUCUGCCAUCGACUACCUGCAUUGCCAAAAUAUUAUCCACCGCGAUCUGAAGCUGGAGAACCUGCUGCUCGACUCGCAAGGCAAUGUGAAAUUGAUUGACUUUGGGUUGAGCAACUUUAUGAAGAUUGCCGAGCGCAUGAACACGUGCUGUGGGUCGCCAAUGUAUGCUGGUCCUGAAAUGUAUCGUCGAGUCAAGUAUGAAGGCCCUGAAGUGGACGUGUGGAGCAUGGGUGUGAUUCUGUAUGCACUGGUUGUGUGCAAUCUUCCUUUCGACACGCCUGAGCAUCUGACCGCAGAGUGCCGCGAUUUGCCCAAGCAUCUGACCGCAGAGUGCCGCGAUUUGAUUAGCCGCAUGCUCGUUACCGACCCGAAGCAGCGUAUUUCCAUUGCCGAUAUUUGCAAUCAUCCUUGGGUGAACAAGGGCCUCCCGCCACUUCAGCGCGCUCAAGUCAUGACCUCGCUGCCAGAGACGCCGGUUGAUCCCGAAAUUGUCAGCACAAUGAGCGACGCAGGCUUCUCGUCCAGUGUUGUGCUCGCAUCCUUGCGAAAUCACUCGUUCAAUCAAGUCACAGCGACGUAUUACUUUUUGGAGGAGAAGAAAAUGAUGAUGCGCCUCAUGAUGGGCGCGCAGCAGCAGCAGCAGCAACAACAACAACAACAGCAGCAACAACAACAACAGCAGCAGCAACAGCAACAGCAAAUGCAGCAACAGCAGCAAUCCAACCCGGGAGCGCUCGCCCUGCCUGCCAUGUCCUCUCCUUCUCCCCGAAUGCAAUCUCCCGCGCCCACUCAUGCCUGGGGUAAGCUAUCGACCAACCCAGGUCCGAGCGCAGCAGUAGCGGCAGCAGCGGCAGCAGGUGGCUGCACGUUCUUGAAUUACCGUACCGCUGCUUCCCCCGCAGAAAGCAUCAGCACGACUGCUUCCUCUGCCAUGUCGGUCAGCAGUGAUGAGAACCCAGCGCCGGCCGCUGACCCUCAAUUAUACGAAUCGUAUCGCUGUCCCAAUUGCAAUUUUAUUGACGAAGAGGCCGCUCGUGCCGAUCUCACUCUGGCACAGAGUGUACAAACGCUGAUGCGCUCCAUUUCGUCGUCCUCGACGCCAAUGUCGACGCAAAAUCUGCCUGGACCAACCAUCAAGAAGCGACGAGCAGAUGAAGACGACGCUAUUGCACCUUUGGAGUCGAUGGACACCACGUUGUCGUCCACAUCCUCGGAUUCCUCCACAUCUGGUUUGUUCGGUAUUCACUCGUUGCCGACAACAAAGCAAGAACUGCACCAGUUGAUCUUGGCCGCCCUCUCCCAGUUCAAACGUCUUUCUAUGUAACAGCGCUUUCAGCGUUUAUCCAAUAAACACAAUGGAUUUGCAAAAACAC